AUGGACUCGCCGCGGGGUGCGGAGUCGGUGUCGGCCGUGGACUCGACUUCGGCCAUGGACUCUCCGAGCAGCAGCUCCACGGAGUCCCCGGAGUGGAGCCAGGAGGGCCCUGGGGAGCGGGCGGAGCGGGAGUUGCACCUGCUGCAGGUGCAGGGCCGCAAGUUGCAAGACCUGGAGAAGGCGGAGUCCCUGGGGGAAGAGGAGGAGGAGGAGGAGGGCGAGGAAGAGGAGGUGGAAGAGGUCGAGGAGGAAGAGGAGGAAGCGGUGGAGGACGGGGAGGAGGAGGAGGAGGAGGAGGAGGAGGAGGAAAAGGCGAUCUCGGCCACCACGUCCACUUCGGAGACGGCGGUGGCGAUGGAGACCCUGGAGACCAUCCUGCCCGCCAGAGAGUUGCUCUGGCCCGCGCUGGACCUGGGCGAGGUUUGGGGCGGGAAGCUGCGGCCCCGCAUCAUCAGCGUCGUCAGCCCCAGCCUCAGCCCCACGGUCCCCAGCAGUCUCUCCACCCCCCUGAGCUGGACCGAGUCCAGCUCGGAGUCGAUCCCCACCCCGGGGUCCAGCCCCCCGAAAGAUAUUCCCAAAAUAUUCCAGACAUUUAAGAAAGACUCUGACCUGGACCUCCCGAGGCCUGAGGAUCAGAAAAAGUGGGUGAUCAAUCCAGAGGAGUCGAAGCUCAACAUUCUAUGCCAGUUGGAGUUCCAGGAAGACUUCAAUAAGCUCUUUGAGACUUCCCUGAGAACUAUCCCCAGCAUCGGUCCCCCACGCAUUCUGGCCUUCCGACGGGAGCUUGGCUUCCUGGGCAUGAAACCUAAGAAAGAAGAAGAGGAGGAGCUGGCACUCUUUUGUGAAUUUUGUGGGAGAGAUUUGAAAAACCUUUUUACCACGGUGGACACUAAUCUAGACAAAACCGGUCUGGAACCAGUGAAAAAUGCAGCCUGUUGCAGUUAUUUUCAAAAUAUGAUUGACUACAUCUACGCUGAUGAGGGCACUCCUUCAUUAGAGUUAAUAUCUAUUGGCCCCCACGCAGCUCAUGGCAGUGAAGCUGAGAGACAAAAAGCCAAGGAAAAAGCUCUUCAGAGAAAACUGGAGCAACAGUUUGCCAGGCAAUAUGCAAUGAUAGUCAAAAUCGAUCAGCCUGCUAUACCCGAAGAAGACAACAAACACUCUAGAAUUUCUUACCAGCUUUCUAUGGAUAUUCAAAUAAAAGAGACAGAGGAGGACAGAUUAUAUGAUAUUCUACUAAAAAAUAAAAUUAUAUCCAUUGUUUGUUGUGAUUCUAUGAUAGCAUGUGGAAAGACUUUGAGUGAUGAGUUCUUGGGGAAAGACUACAAACAUGGAAGCAAGUUUCUGACUUUCUUUCCAGAUGGCACAAUGCAAAUAUUUUAUCCAUCUGGAAACCUAGCCAUCAUCCGAGUGCCCAGCAAGGACAAUGGUUUUACUUGUAUCAUCCAAGAAGAUGCACCCACUAACCCCACAAUUCUGGCUGUGCUGGAUUCUUCUGGUAGAAGUGUCUGCUAUCACCCCAAUGGAAAUGUCUGGGUAUACAUCAACCUUUUGGGAGGUCAAUACUCAGAUGAAGCUGGCAACAGAGUGAGGGCCUGGAACUGGUCUGAUGCCCUUGCUCCCAUGUCCUUGGCUUCAUUCAAACCUGUCUUUUUGGCUCUGAACCACAAUGUGGGCAUCCGCAUUCUAGAGCAAGACAAGAUUGCCAUCACUUUCUUAGCAAUGGGCCAACAGGCAAAAAUAAGUGUUGGAACCAGAGUGAAGGUCUUGAACCCCAAGAAGCUUCCGGCACACCCGAACUUGAGUAAUGAUGAUAUUCUAUUGCUGGCCUUUCUAAUCAAGAUGAGACGCCUGUUCCAUAAACUUGAAGGAUGUCUGACUUUUCCCUCCAGUCACGUUUGGGAAAAAAUAAAGCAGCCUUCCUACCUUUCUACCCUUUCUCUGAAACUUAUUGCCCUUUGUCACAAUUUGGGCAUGGCCCAAGAGACUAUACAAACAAUAACAACCAUAAUAAAUGAAGACAUUUAA